GUGGAUUUGAGUGAAAAUAAACUGAAUUUAUACGUGAAUAAAGAAGAGGUCCAAACACUUCUUGGGAUAUUCCUCUCGAAGAAGGCCUCCCUAUCGAAGUCGAUCUCAUCGUUGGGCGGAUUCACGGGAAACAGAGCCGCCGAUAGAGUGCUUGUGUUGAGCGAAGUGUUGUUAUCUUUGAUGGUCUGGUCUUUGUUGUGGAAGACGUGUCCCAACCAUUUGCGAAGAUUGGCCUCAGACUUACUAUUGGUCAAGUCGUGCACCAGAAUUAUGCCG